AUGUCACUGGGCAUACUCUGCAAGGUGAGCGUCUGGCAUGCGAUUGUUACCCUCGUGCCGGUCUAUUCUCUGCCAGAUCCAAUUCUACCCAACUCAAAAGACGUCGUUUGGGGUGUCUCCUCCCUAUUCAAUGGUCUCCCCCCGUUAGCCACAAACAACGGGGCUCCACAGUUUAAUGGGCAAAUCAUGGAUCUAUUUGGUCAAUUGCCGCUCAUCAACGCAACUCUGCAUUCUCCCAACAACCCACCAGGGAAAAACGAUGUGUGUUUUAGAAACCUACUCUCCAUUUCUAAAUCUUACGGCACAAUUUUCAUGAAGAACUCGAAGAUGGUGGGUCCGAGGACACGCGGAGUCUCAAAAGACGUCCAUGAUAAAUGGGUUGGUGGGGGUUGCCGAGUUAGUUGGGUUCUGACAGAUGAUCACAGCAAUUGCAGCAUCCCCUAG